AUGGCAAGUUUUGAAAAGGGUCCUCCGGUCAACGAUGAAGAGCUCAACAGUGACACUUCGACUACAUCAUUCCAUGAAGUGAAGUGGUAUCGCUCGACAUAUUACAAUGCACUCAUCCUUGGACUUUGCACUUUUCUCGCCCCAGGCAUCUGGGGUGCAAUGAAUUCCCUGGGAGGAGGAGGCGAGGAGAAGCCGUAUCUCGUCAAUGCCGCCAAUGCUCUGACCUUUGGCCUUAUGGUGGUCUCCUGUUUCCUCAGCAGUGUGAUCGUUCGAUUUAUUGGGAUUAAAUGGACAUUGAUCGUGGGAACAAUGGGGUACGCGCCGUAUGCCGCAGGACUGUACACAAACAACCGAUUUGGAGAUGAGUGGCUGGUGAUCCUCGGCGCAGCUCUGUGCGGUAUUUCAGCGGGCAUCUUCUGGAUGACCGAGGCAGCGAUUGCGCUCGCGUAUCCUGAGCCCUACAAUCAAGGGCGCUUCCUGGGACUUUGGCUCAGCUUUCGUGUCGGAGGGCAGAUUCUAGGCGGCGCCAUUAGCCUUGGCAUCAAUGCCCAUCUCUCAACGGAAGGUGGUGUUUCAUACACGGUAUACCUCAUCUUCAUCGUGCUUCAAGCACUAGGUCCGUUUGCCGCGCUGCUUCUGAAUGAGCCCUCAAAGGUACAACGAAGAGAUGGCAUACCGGUUCAGCUUCAGGUGAAAAACAGCAUUGGAUACGAGCUUCGGACAAUGUCGAAACUCUUCAUUAGCAAGAAGUUCUUAUGCAUUAUUCCAUUCAUCUGCCAAGCUGUUUAUACUGAGGCGGUGAUGUUCUCAUAUGAAGGCCUUUGGUUCUCUGUGCGCGCAAGAGCCCUUGGUUCAUUCCUAUCUGGUAUUAUUGCAUUGAUUAUCGGCAAUCUUCUCGGUGCAUUCCUCGACAACAAGUCUAUCUCGUUGAAGGCACGAACCCGAUAUGUCUUCUACUUUGUUGUCGCUUGGCAGGGCUUAUGUUGGAUUUGGGCCACGGUGUUAACGACCGAGUUCUAUAAGUCAAGCCCCGUUUAUGACUGGACCGAUCCAGGCUUUGGAAGAGCCUUCGCUCUCUUUCUGUUCUGGGUUGCUGGGUUCCAGCUCAAUUAUAUGUUCUUAUUCUUCGUGGUCGGAAACCUGGCUAAUGACCAGGAGGAAGUCAUUCGAAUUGCUGGAUUGUUGCGUGGGACUGAGUCCGCUGCUCAGUGUGUUAGCUACGGACUGAGCAGUGUAUCUGUAAUGGCAGCAGUUGGAAGUGUCUAUCUGAACUUCGCUCUAUGGGCUGUUGCCAUUCCCUCUGCAUGGCUCAUCAUCAGCCAAAUAGGACUCUUCGGAGACAAGAAGGUGGAACGAGAGACACGAGCAUUGCGUGACUCAUCCAAUGAUGAUUAG